CAUCCCGUACAAAACCCUCAACCACCCGUCGUCCGCCUCCCUCCCCCCAUCCCCCCCGGUGUCCCCAAUUGAGCCAGCCACCACCCACAUAUCAAGAUGCUCGUCCAAUUGUCCAGAGCCACUCGCGCCGCUUCGGCUGUCUCUCGGCUGGCGAGGCCCAGCGCCGUCCAGAUGAGGGGAUUCAUCGCUCCCACCGUUUCCCGCAGAGCCGACUUCGUCCAGGAGCUCUACCUCAAGGAGCUCAAGGCCUACAAGCCCACCCCCAUCAAGGAGUCCGACUCCCAGGGCCAGGUCCAGACCUUCUCCAUCCCCGCCACCCCCAAGUCCCCCGAGGAGGCGGACCUCGCCGCUAGCCUGAAGGAGUACGAGAGCAUGGCCGUCGAGGUCGAGGGCCAGGACGCCACCGCUGCCGCCAACGGCGAGCCCGUCAAGCACGACUGGCUCAUGAUUGAGGAGGAUGAGGAGGAGCCUCACCACUAGAGCGCUUCGGCGACGUGCAAAACCGUUAUUGGAAAAGAAAACAAAAAAGUUUCAAAACGAACCACACCGUCCCGGAUUCCCCCGCCGAAAAGAUAAACAUCGUCAUCAAUCCUCAAGUGAUGGGAGGGAAAAGUGCUUUUCCGACCUUGGCUUCUGGGUUUGUAACCUUUGCCGCUUGCUCCGAACCGACCAAAAGGAGUGGGAAACGUGUUUUUGUGAUUGAGAGGAAAGGAGAGAAGGAGAAAGAGAGAGAGGAACCCUAGAAACGAGGGGAAAGGUGUGCUGGGAGGUGGUAAUCCCGUGUAUAUUGUCCAACUAAACCUCGCUGGCUAGGAAUGCUAUUCGCAUGCGCUUCAACAUCCUCGGUCCCUUUGCUUAUGUGAAUAUGGCUCACGUCAAUCAUAUGUGUGAUUUUACCUGGACGUUCUCGACCAACAACCACCAUAUUCCUGCAGCUCCCAUACCAAAUGGAUCAAUACGACCUCAUUGUGUCUGUUUUCCAAAGUGACAAUUACUGUCGCAAGGGCAUACCUGACCCUGGGCCUCGAGCGAAGACAUUGUGGGGAACCCGGAAUCUCCCGAACAGAACCACCACCACAACACAGAAUCGUCGUCAAGCAGAGUGUCCUUUAUCAAAAUACCUCUGAUGCUCGGGCAAUGGUGGUUCCUCAACACACAACUCGACGGAACCCCCGCCAAUUGCUUCCACCAAAAAUUCUCGGGAC